GAACGACCACAGCAGCAGCUGCACACGCGAAGGCACGUCGCUUCCAUUGUUCGAUCUUCUUUCAUUCCUUUUUGUUUACUUCGUUGCCUCUCUCCUCGCUGCGCAAGCGUUCGUACAUAGCUAACCAAAGAUAGUCACCGAAAGCGACUCCCCCCCGCUCUUACCCAAACAACCGUCACCGCUGCUUUUUUUUUUCUUCUUCUACGGAUAACUGUUGGCGCCCCCCCCUUCAUCAAAGGAACGAACCCCGCCCGGCCGCAUUUUUGCGUCUUCUCGCGGCUUUCGCUGCUGCUCUCUUUCUCGCACCCCUCUCUCAUCUUCUCUUGCACUUUGUUUGCUUUUAAUGGAGGUUAUUUUCUUGUUAUAUAUAUCUGCAUUUCCUGCUCUCACGCUUCCUUCGUAGAUAAACUGGCAGAAGGCUGUGCGGCAACAAACCGGCAGCGGCACGUCUCGGCGUAAGCGCCUCUUUCCGGUUGCUGCUCGUCUCUCCGCCUCUGGGGGCCUUUUUCUUUACCUGCUCCUCCCCCCCCCCCUCAGCUCACCAUGGCGGAGGUGUCCGCCUUCGUCUACGGCUGGAUGGCCGGCAUCUUCGCCGUCAUCAUAUGGAUCCUCUACGGCAUCGACACCCUCCUUCACGUCAUGCGUUUCGUGAACGCCACCUUCGCGCAUUUGCCGGGGCUGUCGCACCUGGCCAGCGACCGGAAAGAUAAGCACAGCCCGAAAAAAGGCCGAAGCGCCAGCACCGGCGAGUCGGGCACCGACGACAUCUCCGCAAUGAACACCCUGUCCGCCGAGGAGGGCUUGGAGGGCCUGACGGGCAGUACGAAGCGCGUGACGCCUAUAACGGCUAACGGCUUGUGUAUGCUGAGCUGGUACGGCCCCGAUGGCUCGACCGGGGCCCCGAUUGAGUGCCGUCUCUCCUUAGAAAACAACGAGGUGACCAUCUAUCAGCUGCUGCGCGUGGCCGAUACGAAUCCCGGCGCCACGGGCGGGGCGGCUGGCAAGUCAUCCGAUGGCGGCCGCGGCCCCGGUGGGCAAGCUGGCCAACGUGGUGGCACCAAGGAGUACGACACGAGCGCACUCCGCAGUGCGGCGGGGGUUGCCGUGGCCGAGCACCGCAAGGGCCGCGUGUCGGUGCUGCACACGACUGUGAUGGAGCUGAAGCACUUUAAUAAGUCGAAGAAGAACGCGGGAGAGAAGAACGGCAACGGCGGCGCCGCAGCGAAGUCCACGGCGUCUCGCAAUGGUGGUGCAAAUGGUCAUGGUAGUGAGACCGGCUCCGUCGGUCCUUCACAGAAAAAGUCCAAGCAAGCCGGCAACGCAGACGCCGAUGAGGAGGUGUCCGACAGAAAUACCGCGCAAGGCUCGAAGAGCAAGCGCCGAGAGAGCGCAGCAUCGAACUCCUACAACACGAGUGACCCCCUCGCUGACUGCACCCUGCGGCCCGGCGUCGACCCUCUCUUCACCGGGCGUGUACUGAUCUGGCGCACGAUGGAUGGACAGCCCCUCUUCGAUUCGAUUCACGCAUCCCAACCCACGCCCGGCAGCAAAAGCUUUGGUGGCAGCAUGAACGGCAGCGCGCGUGACGGCAGUUUCUCGAGCCUGGCGAUGUCGCAGAAUACCAAAGGCGGCAGUGCGCACUCCUAUUCGCAUUCGCCGUCGGCCGAGAGCCUCGCGGACGAGCGCUCCGUCAACUCCUCCGUCGCCGACGGCGAUGAUAGCGAGGGCGAUGACGAUGCGCACUCUGAUCAGAACGGGCGCAGCUCGGAGGGCUCCGUUGAGGAGAAGCGGCGGAACCCCGGCGGUGACCGUCGCCGCAUCGGGAGGCGGAGUGGCAAGAAGAAUAGCGCAAUGGGCGACAUGGCGAAUUGGUCGUGUGUUAUCAUCAAGUUUGAGCGUGCCCGCGAGAGUGAGCGGUGGCACACGCUGCUGUCCGGUCUGCGGGAGGCGCGUGCGUGGCACGACUUCGCGAAGAUGCUGCCCAACCCCGACACCAUCAACAUCUUCCUCAGUCGCUUCUUCUUUCAGAACAUGCGCCUCAACGGACUGCGCGAUGCCAUCAUAACGCAAAUCCGCAAGAAGCUGCGGCAGCUGCCCGCCAAGAAAUUCCCUCGCAACCUUGGCGGUCAGCUCGUGCUGGACGAGUUUCUGAUCGGCACGCAGAUUCCGUGGAUCUCCGACGUCUCGGAGCCGACGGUGUCGGCCAACGGCGAGGUGGGCUUUGACUUCAAUCUCCUGUACAAAGGCGGCGAGGGCGGCUUCUCCCUUUUCUUCCGCCUCGCGCUCGAGUUCCUCGGCAUUCGCGUGCCGCACGUCGUCUUCUCAGUGAAGCUCAUUGAGCUGGAGGCCACCGUGCACAUCAGCAUCGGUCCACCGCCAUCGAAUAAGUUUUGGAUUGGUGGCCACAAACCACCCGUGCUGCGGCUGGAGGUGCACCAGGGCUGCGCCUCCGGCAAAGGCAUCCUCCACCGCGUGCUGACCUCUCUGCCAGACCUCAGCGGCGUCAUGACCAACCUGGUUAAGCUGUACCUCUUCUCUGACAUGGUCCUCCCGUACAUGGACGACUUCCCCCUCCCGAGUGUGGUGAAGUCGCCGAAGGUGUCACAGCGUGACUUGCGGGUGCGCACCUUUGAUCGGCAGCGGGCAGCGAAGAUCAGCAGCGCACCGGUGCAGUCGAAGACCGCCGCCGCGGCCACCACCACGAGCCCCCCAACGGGCUCCACCCCCGGCUCUUCUCCGUCGAAGUCGAAGGCGGAGAGCUCGACGAGCGUGAAGGCACCGGCGUUAAAGCCCGGUGAGCAGAGCGGAACGACAAAGCCCGCGCCGGCUGAGACGUCACCGGCACCGUCGGAGCGGGAGGAAAAAGCAAAGACGAUGACGCCGUCGUCGCAGCUCACCACUCCGCAAGAGGCGGCGAACACCGGCGGCAGCAAUCGUGCUGCCUUGGACUCGAGUAUCAACGCAGGGCGGGUGCGGCACGUCGCCUCGCCCAUCCAGCUUGCCUCCUCCACCAACGCGAACUGGACGAGCUCCAACAGCGGGCAGCUCGCUGACAGGAAGUCCAACAGUGGCGACGCCGCCAACACUUCCGUUCUGUCUGAACCCCACCACGGCAACGAGACCACCAGUAUCACCUCCUCCAUGAAUAGAGGACUGCUGUCGGAGAGUGAGUUGACAGAGACGGAGGGCACGUUCAGCGCGGUGCCGCGGAAGCGACGCGAGAGGCUGAGCACGAUGCGACACCUGAGGAGCCUGCUGAAGGUGAAGGGCAAAGACAUGACGCGAGAGUCGGUCUCGCGGUCCAAAGACAAGCCCAAACGCUGA